AUGAGGACAGCAAGCUUGUUGAUUCUUCUGGCUUCUGCCAGAAGCAUUUUGGGUUAUUGUGACGAUUCCUGUGCCUCCGCAAUUACAGCAAUUGGCGAAAUCGAUGUCGGUCUUCAGAGUCGUUCACGCGAUUGCGCCCAAUUCCUCGCGACGACCGUCACGCCCAAUGCUUCGAUUGCUUUGAUUACCACAAGUGCCAAUAUGGAAGAUUAUCUACAUGUUCCUUCUCCAAAAUCCACUGCACCCGGCUUGAUUCCCACUUACGCGUCAGCAUGUGCCGCCAGCGCUGAUUACGCAUCUGCCUGUGCAUGUGCGGCGGUCACACCCACAACUGUAGUCGCUCCAACUCCAACCACCUACCUUUAUGAUGAACUUCCUCUCUGCAACAACCCGGCCACAUGUGCACAAGGAUAUGCUAAGUCAUCUUGUGGAGGAGGCGCUGGUAUCUGCGUUCCUGGCGGUGGGGAAGAUGGCUCUGGAUUUUGUAUCGCCACUGGUAACUGUGGCUUGCGCUGCGCACGUAAUUCAGAUUGUCUCACUGGGAUCUGUCUCACAGAUGUUUGCUGUGGAAGCUCAUGUUCCAACCCAUCGGUUCAAUUUGUCACGACCUGGGCUCCUCCUCGCGCUAAGCUCGCCAAGAAAGGCUUUAGUAGUCUAUCGGAUAUUAUUUCCAAGAUUAAGAAAGUAAAAACGAAAUUGUUGGGCGCGACGCACAACACAAUCUUGGGUCCUUAUCUUCCAGAAAACCCUCAACCCUUGAUGUUGUAG